AUGUCUUUCGGCCAAGAAAAUGUUGAUCCUGUCGAAGUUUCUGGGUCGCAUGCUUGCUUAUACGACCUUCUAUGUUCAGAGACUCCAAAAGGGACUCCUCAAAUGGAUUUGCUGUUAUCUUCUCCUGAUCCUCGAGAUCGGUUGGAGAAGUUGCUAAAGGAACCUGGGAAUAAGUAUUGUGCUGACUGUGGAUCUCCCGAACCUAAAUGGGUAUCAUUAAGUCUGGGUGUGUUUAUCUGCAUAAAGUGUUCCGGUGUACACAGAAGUCUUGGAGUUCACAUAUCAAAGGUUCUAUCAGUAAAGCUAGACGAAUGGACAGAUGAUCAAGUAGACAUGCUCGUAGGGUACGGUGGAAACACUGCGGUCAACCAGAGAUUCGAAGCUUGCAACUUCGACCAGUUAAAGAAACCUAAACCAGAUUCCAAUAACGAGGAUCGCAAUGAUUUCAUCAGGAAAAAAUAUGAGCUGCAUCAGUUUAUGGAUCCAAAAGAUGGUACUCUGUGCACUUAUCAGCAACCUAGCAGAGUAAAUAACUCAACAUCGUCUCUAUGUUCUGCUAGCCACAAAUCUGCAAAAAACCGAAUCGGUAAUGCGUUUAGGAAUAGCUGGGGAAGAAGAGAAUCUGAUCACAAAGGACCUAAGAAGAGCAAUUCCCUGGCAGGUAUGGUGGAGUUUGUGGGAUUGAUUAAGGUUAAUGUUGUUAAAGGAACCAACCUUGCGGUCCGAGACGUCAUGACCAGUGAUCCUUAUGUUAUCCUUUCUCUUGGCCAACAAUCGGUGAAAACACGAGUGAUAAAGAACAACUUGAAUCCAGUGUGGAAUGAGACGCUUAUGCUUUCGAUUCCCGAUCAGAUGCCUCCUCUCAAAGUGCUAGUGUACGACAAGGAUACAUUCUCGACAGAUGAUUUCAUGGGAGAGGCAGAGAUAGACAUACAACCGUUGGUGAGUGCAGCGAAAGCUUACGAGUCAUCAAGCAUAAAAGAACCGAUGCAGCUGGGAAGUUGGGUGGCGAGCAAAGAGAACACGUUGGUGAGUGAUGGCAUAAUCUCGCUUGAAGAAGGGAAAGUGAGACAAGACAUUUCUCUUAGGCUUCAAAAAGUUGAAAGAGGUGUUCUUGAGAUCCAGCUUGAAUGUCUUCCUCUCACUCAAUGA